AAAUUCAGGCGACUGACCGCCGCGCGGCGCUCCUCGCAGGCCGCAACGCGCUUCGUUCGACUCCGCUUGUGUUGUAUGCGCGGCGUUGAGGGCCCCGUUGUUUGUGCACGUUUAGUCGUUUCCGCGAGGCGAGCAAGUCCGCAGCAGCAGCACCUCUGCGAAAACGCGCCAAUCUCAUCUAUGCGAUCGCGCUGUUCGCCGCACCGCUGCCUGCUCACACAGUCGGUUUCUGUGUACACGAUACAUGUGUUGGUGCGUGCGUGGCUGUUUGUGUACGUGAAGGCGCGCGAGUGUUUGUGCAUGUGUGUGUGUAUACGCGCCUGCUAUAUGUGUGCCAUGUUACACCGUAGUGAGAAUUCGCCAGCCAAGAACGCAGUGGCGUGCACGAGGUAAUCGCGCUGCGAGAGUGUGUGUAUACGAGAGAUAUGUACGGCGCAGAGGCGAUGCCGCCCGCCGCCGAGUGAUUAUCGCUUAUCGAGAUAUAAGGAGAGUGAGUGAGAAGAAAAAACGAGUCGUGUGCCGAUUAGUGGGCCGACGAUUGUGUUAUUGAGAGUUUGCAAAGUGAGCUAGUUUCGGUGGGUGUUAUCGUGCGCUCGGCUGCAAGUGUGCCGCCGCCGCCGCCGCAUCGUUGCAGCAACCGAUUUUUCGGGCGCACUCGGACCAAAUGCCAUGUGCAUCGUUCGAUUUUUUCAUGACUCAUUCGCAGCCACGAGACAGUCCUGCGGUGGUGUAGUUAUUGUUUUCCGAGAUUGAAUUUUUUUUUCUCAAAGACUGGUGAAAAUUACAUCGGUGACUCGUAUACAAGGCUUACACCUAUACUACGAGUUGGGUGCGCCGUUUACGCUGCUGCUAAUACGUAAGAAAGAGAAAGACAGAGAGGGGCACGUCUCCUCGUAGAGCGUAACGAAGAUGGCGGCGGCAGGCAGGGCCCCUCUCGCGGGCCCCUACAUAUUUGCAGCUAUCUUUGUUUGCCUUUUAGCCCUAUGCCACGAUGCAAGAGGUCAAUCAAACUUUUUGAAGUUUAAUGAUGAUCUACUGAGACAACAGCAAGACAAACACAAUCACAAGCCUGUGUUUUCUAAUUGCUCCGGUUAUGCGCCUGUAAUCAAAGAAGAGGAGCUUAUUGGCACUGUGGUUAUUCAAGUGCGCGCCGAGGAUCAGGAUCCACCAGACGAAGGAGGUACCAUUACCUACAGUUUCGUCACGGCUAACGGCGAGAAGCUCAAAUUCGAAAUUAACAAUCGCACGGGCGUGAUCAGGACGACUUAUAUGCUCGACAGAGACGAGCCAGCUCGAGAAAAAGAGGUCUAUCUGACCGUACUUGCCACGGACAAUGGUCGACCUCAACUCGACGAUGUCUGUACCUUCAAAGUUACCGUGGAAGACGUCAAUGACAACGCACCGGUCUUCGAUAAAGUUUCAUAUAAAGAAUCGGUUCCACAAGACUUGAACGUUGGUCGGGAGGUGAUGAGAGUUUCGGCCACUGAUAUCGAUGAUGGAAAAAAUUCUGAAGUUCGCUACAGCAUAUCGCCCAAGCGACCAGAGGAUAGCAUUUACUUCCGGAUCGACAGAAACACUGGUGUCAUAUUCCUCAAUCAUUCGAUUAACCAAAUUCCUGGCUAUAAGUUCAGCAUGACAGCAAAGGCAGAAGAUCGGGGUGACCCACCAAAGUAUAACGUCAUCGAUCUCGAUAUCUUUGUAGUUGAGUCACACAAGAAAGCACCGACGUUUACAUCUAUUGUGCCGGAUACAACGAUCCAGAUUCCUGAGAAUUUUAGUGAUUACGAGGCUGAUAUCGUAACGCUUGAAGCCCAAUCGAACAUUGAAGACAGUCCAGAUUAUUUUCUGUUCGAAAUCGUAACUGGUCAAACAGAACAGACUAACAAAAAAAAUAAUUUCAGGUUGGUGACCGAAGGAAAUAAAGCUAAAGUAAAACUAGGCGCUGCCCUUGAUUAUGAGAGUAAUACCGAAUACACCCUGAUUGUCCGCGUUCAAAAUAAGUACCAGCUUGGUGCAGAAAAGAUGAUUCAUAUAGAAGUUCUUGAUGUGAACGACAACAUACCCGUUUUUCGAGAAAUGAAAAAGGGAAGUGUACUCGAGAAUGAACCUCAAGGCACACCGGUGAUGCAAGUACGUGCUAUCGAUGCCGAUGGUACAACUGCUCACAACCAGGUUACCUAUGCCCUCGGUAACUAUCAAGAUUUGUUCACUAUUGAUAGUUACACCGGCAACAUUACGACUCUGACAACAUUCGAUAGAGAGCAAGAUUACACUUACACCGUUAAAGUUAUCGCUACAGACAAUUCACCCAGUGCUCUCUUCAAAACUGGCGAGCAUAACAAAGGUGAACAGAAUUUCCGCAUUGAAAUUGCCGACAAAAAUGAUAACCAGCCGAAAUUCACUAAAGACGUUUAUGACGACAAUCACGUGUUCGAAAAUGCCAACAAGAACGCUCUUGUUACCGAGGUUUAUGCAGAAGACGCUGAUUCUGCGAGCACGGUCAUUUAUAGUAUUAUCCAUGGAAACAUCGAUAAUAGUUUUUACAUCGAAAAUACUACCGGUAAAAUUCGUGUCAACAAUGAGCUCGAUUAUGAAACUAUAACUGAAUAUAGUUUGACUGUUCGAGCCUUUGACGGAAUUUUCGAUCAUACAGCUAUCGUUAAAAUCUACGUGGAAAACGUGAACGACAAUCGACCGGUUUUCGAAAACUUCAAAAAAAAUCCUAUCAUCGAAGAAGAGAGAGUAUACCCAGGAUGCUUGACAACUGUAAGCGCAUAUGAUCCUGAUAUCAAGGAUCGAAAUGCUGAUCAACAUAUUGUGUACUCUAUUUUGCGACCGGAACAUCAGCCUCUAAUUAGUAUCGAUAAUAAUGGCUGUUUACGUCUGAAAAAACCCCUGGAUCGCGAUCCACCCAAUGGUUAUCCAGUUUGGACUAUAAGUGUAAUAGCGCAAGACGAAGACGGUGGUCCAAACUCUCUGAACAACGUUGAGGCUGUCAAUAUCACUUUGACAGACAUUAACGAUAAUGCUCCGAUUCUCGACAUGCCUUACCCUGUGAUUUGGUACGAAAAUCAACUACCCGGUAACAUAACGCAGCUAAAGGCUCGUGAUUACGAUUCAGAAGCCAAUGGACCUCCAUUUGAUUUUUCCAUUGCUCCAUCAGCUAAAAGAAUUAUUCUUGACUCCUUUGAAAUUCGAGGCAAAGAUUUGUACGCCAAAGUUCAAUUUGAUCGUGAAGCGUGCAAAAGCUAUACAAUUCCUAUAGCCAUUAGAGAUAGUGGAAAUCCACCUCUUACUGGAACUUCAGAACUUAUAGUCAUCAUUGGUGAUGUCAACGACAAUGCAAUGCUACCAGGUUCAAGCUCGAUAUUUGUUUACAACUAUAACGGCGAAGGUCCGAAAGUUGAUAUAGGCCGAGUUUAUGUUAAUGAUUCUGAUGAUUGGGAUUUGAAUGAUAAAACUUUUGAUUGGUACAACGGUCGUAUCGAAAGUGGUUUUAAAUUAAAUAGAGACACUGGUAUGAUUACUCUUGCUCCAGAAGUGAACAACGGAACGUAUUUGCUGAAAUUCACCGUUACUGAAUCAGGAUUUCUUAUCAAGACACAUCAAGUUGAUGCUGUUGUAAAUGUCACCAUCAAACAAAUACCUAAAGAAGCUGUUGAAAAGUCGGGCUCCAUUCGGUUUAUGGGUAUCACUGCUGAAGAAUUUGUAUCUCCUUACGAAUCUGGAGAGAGUAGAAAGGACAUACUUCAAAGGCGACUUGCAAACAUUUUCAAUACUUCUAUAAACAAUGUCGAUGUAUUUACAGUAUUGCAUUCUCCUCAUCAGAACAAUUCAGUCCUUGAUGUGCGUUUUUCUGCUCAUGGUAGUCCAUAUUAUGCAGCGGAAAAACUCAAUACCCUCGUUACACUAAAAACUGAACUUAUCGAAAAUGAAAUUGGACGUGAUAUUUUGCUUGUUAACAUCGAUGAAUGCCUCUUCGAAAAGGUUCACUGCAAUGGCAACUGUCGUAGUAGCUUGAAUAUCAAUAGUUCUGAUCCUUACGUCGUUUAUACGAAUCAGAGUUCUUUUGUUGGCGUACGAGCUGUCAUUGAUCCACUUUGCACUUGUCACAUCCAAGAUCCAGUUAAAUGCUUGAACGGAGGUUCACCUAAAGGUGAUCACUGCGAAUGUCCGCCUGGAAUGAUGGGACCCAGAUGUGAAUUAUUGUCGAUUGGAUUCCACGGUGAUGGUUACGCUAUCAUGCCACCUACAGGACAGGCUUGCGAGGAUUCCCAUCUUGGACUCGAAAUAACCCCUCAUUCUAAAGAUGGAUUGAUUUUCUAUUAUGGACCAAUGCAUUAUUUUCCUAAAUUGGGUAUUCAAGAUUUCAUAUCCCUUGAAUUACAAAAUGGAAAUCCCGUUUUGUAUGUAGAUUAUGGUAAAGGCACUGUAAUGCUUGACAGAUCCGAGUCUAGUAAAAACAAAGGUGGCGAGAAUAAAUUGUUUUUAGCUGAUGGAAAGCCUCAUAGAAUCGAUAUUUAUUGGACCAAAACCAACAUCGAGAUGAAUAUUGACAAUUGCGCUGCAUCGAGUUGCAUGAGACUGUAUGCGCCAAUAGGACCCAGUGAAUAUUUAAAUAUUAACGGUCCCUUACAAUUAGGAGGAUCAAUAAAAAGUUUACAGGAACUGGGAGAAAAAUUCAAGUGGGAGUAUGUACCUACGGAUAAACAUUUUGCAGGUUGCAUUACGAAUAUGACAAUAAACGGAAAUAUUUACAACCUUGGUAUGCCAUCGGUCUCACAUAAUGCUGACCCAGGAUGCAGUAGUGGAAUGGCAAAGGCCGUAUCCUUUGCCUUUGACACUAAUUUCCUAGUGACCAUAGGAGUUUGUCUUGCGUUCCUACUGAUUUUAGUCCUAGCCGUUGUAGUACACAGACGCAAGACUGAUGACCUUUAUGGAAAAGACAUGGACGAUACAAGAGAAAACAUAAUUAAUUACGAGGAUGAAGGAGGCGGCGAAGUUGACACCGGUUACGACCUUAACGUACUGAGAGAUAUUAUGUACGACCCGUCAAAUGACAUGAAAAUCAAUGCUGGAUUGGGCAAAGAAAGCGACGAAAUUCCUGACAUUUGCGGUUUUCUCGAUGGUAAAAAAGAAUGUUGCGAUAAAGAUCCAGAGACGAAUCCUUUUGACGACGUUCGCCAUUAUGCUUACGAAGGCGAGGGUAAUUCCGAUGGUUCUUUGUCUUCACUGGCGUCAUGCACAGAUGAUGGUGACUUAAACUUCAACCAUUUAUCGAACUUUGGACCACGUUUUCGUAAACUUGCUGAUAUGUAUGGUGAAGAACCAAGUGACGAAGAAGAAAGUAGUGAAGCAGGCGCCACUGCAGCUGGAGGUGAUCGAGACAGCGAAAGUUGGUGCUGAUACAUCGUAGUGCGUAAUGCAAUUGUAAAAAUGUACUGGUUCGUCGCUAGGCCGCCAUCAAGUCCCCGACGUAGGUUCGACAUUUACGAAUUGAGACUGCAGCCACGACGUACUUAAACCCGUAAAACAAGUGUGUAUUGAAACUACUUGAAAUAACUUUGAGAAGUGUUAUAACGAAAGGACUAUUAUGAAACUAUUGUUUUCGUAGUGUCAAAGGCGCACAAUCGAAGAUCUUCUAUAUACAUGUGUUUUAGCUUUAAAAUAAGAUUCAAUCUAAAUAUUUUUGGAAAAUUGUCAAUAUACACGAUUCAUUCGAAUCUGGUGUAGACUGAAUUUGAAGUGUUCGGCUAUUACUUUUUUGCGAUUUGUCGAUUAAACAUUCUUCGACAAUCCGUGAAUAUCAAGCCACCAUAGGUCAUGGAAGAAGGCCUCCAUAUUUUCUUUACUGUUAAAAUGAAUCAAUUAUACGAUAGUAUCUAUGAAAAUUUUUGACAAUCAUAAUGAACCACAUGCAAAAAUGUCCUUCCGUUACACAAUUUAUUACUUAAAAACAGUUAUUUAUAACGCAGUUAUUAUUGUGUAUGAGAGAAUAAGAUAUUCUUUACCUAAAUUUUUUUAUACUAGCAUAGUCAACAAUAGCCCUAUUCAAAUCGUAUGAAUUAAUUAUUUACAGCUAUACAUAUUGAGGUAAAAUAGUAACAUUAAAAAAAUUAAUUACAGGGUGAUUUUUUCGAAUCGAACGCUUCGAUUGAUCAAACUAUACUUAGCAUUUAUCACAGUGGCUCAUUAAUGUCACUAAUUGAAAUGUCAUAAUUUUUUCAUGCGACGCGCAUUACUGAUAAAAUGUGCCAGAAUAUUAACAAGUACGACGAGCUUAACAUUGCAAUUUAAGUACAUUUAGUUUAUUGCCAGAUGAAUGACGAUCGACUAUGCGCAUAAAAUUUUGAUCAACGUCUGUUAAUUUUAGACAAAAGAUUAUAAUGAAGGAAUCUAAAUGCAAGAUUCUCAAUCACCACUUUUUUUUCAACUGUUAAAUUGUAUUGCAGAUUUUUUUAAAUAUUUUCUUUUAGAUACUUUUUUAUUACAAAGUAAUUUUUACUCUUUAAUUGUACAUAUGUGACGGAAGUAUUUUUUUUAAAAUGAUUUUAUAAUUUUUUUUAUGUCUGCAUUCCAUCAUUAUUAUUAUGUACAUACAUUAUGAUGAAUUUCCUUUUCGUUUGAAAAUACAUAGCUUAUUUUCUUAAUCGAUCAAAUUUCAAAGCGGCGAAGAUCAAAUGCCAUAACAAAGUUGAUUAGUUUUUCAAUACUUCAUUGUCAUAGACACAUAAAAAUAUUUAAACGUAGUGAUAAGUAUUAUCAUUGAAUCAAGUAAAUUCGAGCCAAUGCCAAGUUUUGUCUCGAAGGUAUUUGACAUUGUUGUCCACAUUGAUUGACAAAAUAAUUCCUAAUAUUGAUAAAAUACACUGAAAAUGUUGAUUUAUCCUUAAUUAUUUUACUCGUUCAUUAUAUUACAGUUAAAGUCGUUAAAUUAUCAUCAAUCAUAACGUAUAAUUUUUUUAGCUACUUGUAUAAAAAUUAGUUCACUUAAGGGUAGAAUAAGAUUUUAAGUCUUCUGGAAGAGUAUUUUGAUCUCUGAGAGUGGUUUAAAAAAUUCCAGCUGUAGAUUAGAAAUAGUUUUAAUGUAUAUAAAUUUAUUUAUUAUAAAUUAUACAAAUAAAACUACAAUUAUUUAAUUUAUAGAUCGUUAGCUUGUAUUCGCUGAUAAAAUUCCAGAGGUGUAAUACCAAAGUUCAAUUCCGUAGCUUUUUCAUCAAUGAAAACGAGUUGCAAUAUAUGAUUAUUAAAAAUAUAAUUUCCAUCAAUGAUGAAAGAGUUGAUUCGAGAAUAAGUUGAACGUUGUACAAAGAUGUGGCGUAAGUGUUUCCAUUUAAUUGUUCAAGAAUGGCAAUGAAAAAAGAAAUUUAAUUCAGCUAUUUAUGUACAAAAAGUACACUAUUUAGUGAUUAAUGAAUUUAUCUUAGAAAUGCUUUGAGAAAUUUUUAUUCAAUGUAUUUUUAUAACUAAAGCUGAGUAUAUGCGAUACUUCGUAAAUGUGUUAUGAAAAUGUAUUAGAUUUCAUAAUUUUUAUUCGAUGUGUAGCGGGGGAAGAAAAUAUAACACUGCCUAAUCUAGAGAAUCGAAGUAUUUUCUCAAUAUCCAGUGCAGCUUACAAGUAUUUACAUAUUAUUAAUAAGGAAAGCAGUCUUCGAACUUAGAAAGAUUAAAAUUUAUAAUUAAAACUAUUGUAACAUUUGGAUGAAUGAAAAACUUAUUGAAAAAAAAUGGAGGAUCGAAACAUAGCAGCUAAAUCAUAUUAAAAUAGUAUAUUUUAAAGGCGUCAUUUAGCCAAACAAACAUAUGUGAUAGUGAAGGUUCGAAAUAAAUGAUCAUAAACUUCAUCCACCUAUAAUGUCAAUCCAUUGUUAAAUAUCAGCGAAACGUAUGUAAUUUUAUUUAUAUUUUUAUUACAAAUAAAAAAUUAUUCAAAUAGUA